AACGGAGGAUAGAGUACAUUGGAGGGAUAUUUGUCAGUCAGACUCAGAAUCCCCUUUGGAACUUCCUCCUAUUACUUCUUCUCCAUACACCCACUUAACACACUGACACACAUACACACACACUCUCUCUAUACACACACCCCCAGGUGAUCUCAUCUCAUCUUAUUAUUCAUAUUAUUCAUCACACAACAAAACUAAAAACCUCAUUUCUCAAAUUUACGAGUUGGAGGCCCUCGGCGAAAUGCAGGAAAUACAUUCCAUCGGAGGAGGCCGGUUCUUCGGCGGCGGAAGCGGCGGCGGAGGAGACAGGAGGCUCAGACCUCACCACCACAACCACCAGCAGAAUCACCAGGCUUUGAAGUGUCCACGCUGUGAUUCACUCAACACCAAGUUCUGUUACUACAACAACUACAACCUCUCACAGCCUCGCCACUUUUGCAAAAACUGCCGUCGAUACUGGACCAAGGGCGGCGUCCUCCGCAACGUCCCCGUCGGUGGCGGUUGUCGCAAAUCAAAGCGCUCUAAUAAGCCCAAGAACAACUCAUCCUCCUCCUCCGAAGCCGCCGCUGCGCCAACCACAUCGGUGCAGCCGCCGGAGCAGGAGAACAAGUCGAACUCUCAUUCCAGCAGUGAGAGUUCCAGCCUCACCGCCGCCAACACCAUCGCCGCGGCAACGGAGGCUGUGUCGGCGCCGACUUUAAACUCCGAUUCAAACAACAACGUGUUGAUCACAUCAAACCCUGGUUUUGAGACUGGUGCGUUGGAACAGGGAGCAGGGGACUGCGGUAUUUUCUCUGAGAUUGGAACCUUCACGAACUUGAUCACUUCGUCCAACGAGGCAUUGGCGUUUGGAUUCGGUAACAGUACUAUGCCAGAUGCGUCGUCGUUUCAGUGGCAGCACCAGAAGGUGAUGACCAUGAGCGGUGAUCAUAAUCUUCUUCAUCAUCAUCAUCAUCAUCAUCAUCAUGAAGAGGAAUUGAAGCUUCCGGAGAAUCUCGGUGCUGGUUCCUUGCUUGAUCAUAGUACUCUUCCGGUUGAUUUGUCGGUGCUGCAAAAUAAAACCGGUCACGGAGGAUUUGGACCGUUGGAUUGGCAAGGUGGUGCUGAUCAAGGUUUGUUUGAUCUUUCUAACACCGUUGAUCAGCCUUACUGGUCUCACACUCACUGGGCUGAUCAGGACAGUUCUACUCUCUUUCAUCUUCCUUGAAAAUGGCUCUCACUUUUUUUUUUCUUUUUUACCCCUUUUUUAUUUAUUAUAAAAUUUAACCUGAUAAAGAGCAAAGAAAGUUUGAAAUCAAAACCAAAGUAAAGAAUUUGAAAGAGAAGGAAGGAAGGAUAUCGUAUAAUUAAUUAAUCACUGAGUUGUAUAUUGUUUUUUUUUUUUUUUUUUUUUGUAUUUAUAAAUUUGGGAGGUGAUGAGCUUGAUUUUAAUUGGGUGAUGUGCAUGCACAACUAACUUCCAUGUUAGUUUCUCUAUCUGAUUUUUCUUUUUCUUUUAUUUUCGGUUUUCGUGUUUUAUAAUAUAUAUGUAUGUGGAAUUGGAUUGAUUAGAGAAACAGAAAAUAUAGCAGCUGUGUUUUAUUAAUAUCGAUCGUCGGUAAUUAUUAAUUUGGUUGGUCGGUUUAGGUUUGCAAUCUUAUUCUGGUUUGUUUUUGAGAUGCUAAUCCUUCCAUACUGUUUUAAUUAGCGGAUACGAUUAUGGCAGCGCUUUAAUUAAUCAUAAAUAAAGGAACCAUGAAGCUGAUGUAGGGAUAUUAAUAUAUAUUAUAAUUAGGAGCUUGUUUAAGUUUGUUUGGACGAGGAAGAAGACAUUAUUGCUUAGAUGAUAAAUUGUAAACUCUAUCUCCUUUUUCAUUCAAGUUAUUAGUAUUAUCUAAUUUAUGCGGGUCUUGUCUGAUGUGUGGAUUUUAUUUAUAAGAUUUCACAUAAUCAGAAGACAAUUAUAAGUAAGAAAUUUCGGAGGGAGAGGGCAUGUUGAGGAGUGGGGCUUACAUGAUAGUGACCUGUUGCAUGCGCGAUGAUGAGUCCGCGUGAGAGGAAGGUUGUGAAUACGAAGGGGAGACACGUGGGUUUGGGGGACAAAGACAAGAAUGUGAUGUGAGGAGUCGGUUAGGUCGUGUUUUAUUGUGGUGGCUUAUUUUGGUCCUUUCCUAGUGACUUGGCCAAGUCUCAUUAGUAGCCAAUUCCAGAGCUGAAGGCCAAGCAAACUAAUUAAUAAUCAGGACGGCGUGGUGUUGAAGAUUUAGUUAGAUAGGGUGCAUAGAUAGUGGAGUAUCAACUCAACUACCAUUAUGUAAUGUGCAUGGAGAGGGUGAUGAUUGCUCUGGCUCCGUGGGUCUUGGUCACGAAUCAUGGAUCUGGUGAGAAUGAUGUUGGUGGUGGUUUGGAUAUUGAUGAUGCAGGUGGGUGGGUCCCUUAACUCUUGGUGUGCUAGUGUGAGCAUGAUGCCGAUUGCCUCAUUUCAAACAGAGCAAGCCAAUAAUCACUCCAUUACCACGGUACAUGUUGAUUUCCACCGACGCGGAUUCAUGUUCA